CGACCCGCUUGGCAGGGCGGGGCGCCUCGCGAAGAUGGUGGCGCGCGCGGCGUGUGGCUCCCUACGCCUGGCCAAGUCUCAGCGCCGAGCACUGACCAGCGCUUCGCUGGCCUGGAGUCCUCGUCCUCCCGGGCCCUGACCUUGCGCCCCCGCGCCCCCGCGCCCCCGCGCCCGGGUCCCGGCAUGCCUCGCGCUCGUAGUAAGGGCAACGCGCCCCGCAAGGGCGGCCAGCGCCGAGGAGCAGGUGCUCGGUGCAGUGCCCAAGCUGACUCAGGUUCCAGUGAGGAUGAAGCAGCCAGUGAGGCCCGCAGUACAACCAGCGAAUGUCCCAGCCUUCUGAGCACCACAGCAGAGGAUAGCCUAGGGGGGGAUGCUGUGGAUGAGCAGGGCCAACAGGAAGAUCUCGAAGAAAAGCUAAAGGAAUAUGUGGACUGCCUCACAAACAAGAGUGCCAAGACCCGGCAAGGAGCUCUGGAGAGCCUGCGCCUGGCCCUGGCUUCCCACCUGCUCCCUGACUUUUUGCUGGAACGCUGCCUCACACUGGCUGAUGCCUUGGAAAAGUGCCUCAAGAAAGGGAAGGGUGAAGAACAGGCCCUGGCUGCUGCUGUGUUAGGUCUGCUCUGUGUGCAGCUGGGCCCUGGAUCCAAAGGUGAUGAGCUGUUCCACAGCCUGCAGCCGCUGCUAGUCUCUGUGCUCAGUGACAGCACAGCUAGCCCCACCGCCCGGCUUCACUGUGCUUCUACUCUCGGCCUGGGGUGCUAUGUGGCUGCUGCCGAUGUCCAGGACCUGGUCUCUUGCCUUGCCUGCUUAGAAAGUGUUUUCAGCCAGUCCUGUGGCACAGAUGGCUCCACAGCUCCUAUGGUCCCUGCCAGCCUGCAUGGCCUGCUCUGUGCUGCCCUACAGGCCUGGGCAUUGUUGCUUACUAUCUGCCCCAGCACCCACAUCUGCCACGUCCUUGACAGGCAACUGUCCCAGCUGCCCCACCUCUUGUCCAGUGAAAGUGUGAACCUGCGGAUUGCUGCUGGUGAAACCAUCGCAUUGCUCUUUGAGCUCGCCCGGGACCUUGAGGAGGACUUUGUUUACGAGGACAUGGAAGCCCUCUGUGGUGCUUUGCGCACUCUAGCCACGGACAGCAAUAAGUACCGUGCCAAAGCUGACCGCCGGCGCCAGCGCUCUAUUUUCCGUGCUGUGCUGCAUUUUGUUGAGGGUGGUGAAUGUGAGGAAGAGACAAUCCGCUUUGGACUGGAAAUGCUGUAUGUAGACAGCUGGGCUCGGCACCGGAUCUAUGCUGCCUUCAAGGAUGUGCUGGGUUCAGGCAUGCACCACCACCUGCAGAAUAAUGAGCUUCUCCGUGACAUCUUUGGCUUGGGCCCUGUGCUGGUGCUGGAUGCCACUGCUUUGAAAGCCUGUAAAGUUUCACGUUUUGAGAAGCACCUGUACAAUGCUGCUUCCUUCAAAGCCCGAACCAAGGCUCGAAGCCGUGUGCGGGACAAGCGGGCAGAUAUCCUGUGAAAUGGACCAGCUGAAGACAAGACUAUUCACGCCCUUGCCUGUAUUUUUAACAGAAGACUGUGCAAGAACUGGUUUCUGCCAGUGAUUGUCACUUUAUUUUAAAGACAAAACCAAAAAUAGAUAGGAUGGGUGAGUAGGAUAAGGGACCCGGCCCUCUAUCCUUGCACUCAGCCCUGUGGCUUAUUCGUGCCCUAUCUCAGGCAGGGCCAAAUGAGUGCCUGUCUCAGGGCUAUGGGAAAAGCAGUAGGGGGCUGUCCCUUUGCUUUCUUAGGCCUUGCUCCUUUGGGGUAACCCAGUUCUUCAGGGUAUCAUUAGCUGGAUAGAUACCACCAUGGCAAGUGUUGAGGCAAAGCUACCCGGCAAUGAUUUUUGUGAUUUUUAAAGAUUAUAAAAGAUAAUUAAAUAGAAUAUAAUGUUCUGCCUCUGU